AAAGUGCUGAUGUCAGGAAGGAGUCAGUUCAGCCAGCAAGAUCAGCAGCAGCGGCAGCAGCAGAAGAGGCAGCGACUACAUCAGCAGCAGCAGCAGCAGCAGCAGCAGCAGCAGCAACGACAGCAAUAGCUGCCUCUCUCCCGGUUGCAGGCAGAGCCCUGGCUACCGCCGGAGCACAGAGGGGAGAAAGAGCAAGGGUGGGGGUGGGGGCCGGGGGGCAGCAUGCUGCUCGGCUGCGGCUCCGGCUCCCACACCCGCCGCUUCCACCCCUCUAGUAGCAGCAGCAGGAGCAGGAGCAGCAGCAGCAGCAGCAGCAGAGGCAGCGUGAGCGGGCGCGGCUGCAGCGUCGGCAGCCUCUCAAGCAGCAGCAGCAGCAGCAGCAGCAGCAGCAGCAGCAGCAGCAGCAGGAGCAACAGCAGCAGCGGCGGCAGCGCCGGGGUACAGGGGCCACGGGCGCAGGGGCAAGCAGCCAGGGCAUGGCUCUACUGAGGGGCUGCGGCGGCGGCAGCGGCGGGUCGCUGCUGCUGCUGCUGCUGGCCGCCGCGUGCCUGCUGCAGCGCGCCCAGGUGAGGCGGCUGGUCCGCUGCCCGGCCACUUGCAGCUGCACCAAGGAGUCCAUCAUCUGCGUGGGCUCCUCCUGGGUGCCCAGGAUCGUCCCGGGUGACAUCAGCUCCUUGAGCCUGGUAAAUGGAACCUUUUCUGAAAUCAAGGACCGAAUGUUUUCUCACCUGCCUUCCUUGCAACUGCUUUUGCUGAAUUCUAACUCAUUCACAGUUAUACGAGAUGAUGCUUUUGCUGGCCUCUUUCAUCUGGAGUAUCUAUUCAUUGAAGGAAACAAAAUUGAAACCAUUUCAAGAAAUGCAUUCCGUGGGCUCCGUGACCUCACUCACCUUUCUUUGGCCAAUAACCACAUAAAAACACUUCCAAGGGAUGUCUUCAGUGAUUUAGAUUCACUGAUUGAACUAGAUUUAAGGGGCAAUAAGUUUGAGUGUGACUGCAAAGCCAAGUGGUUGUAUUUGUGGUUAAAGAUGACAAAUUCCACUGUUUCUGAUGUCCUGUGUAUUGGUCCACCAGAAUAUCAGGAAAAGAAGUUAAAUGAUGUGGCAAGUUUUGAUUAUGAAUGCACCACUACAGAUUUUGUGGUGCAUCAGACAUUGCCCUACCAGUCUGUUUCUGUGGAUACGUUCAACUCUAAGAAUGAUGUCUUUGUGGCCAUUGCACAGCCCAGUAUGGAAAAUUGUAUGGUCUUAGAGUGGGACCACAUUGAAAUGAAUUUCAGAAGCUAUGACAAUAUUACAGGUCAGUCCAUAGUAGGAUGUAAGGCAAUCCUGAUCGAAGACCAGGUCUUUGUGGUGGUAGCACAGCUUUUUGGAGGUUCACACAUAUACAAGUAUGAUGAGAGCUGGACCAAGUUUGUCAAAUUCCAGGACAUUGAAGUUUCCCGGAUUUCAAAGCCCAACGACAUAGAGCUAUUUCAGAUUGAUGAUGAAAGGUUCUUUGUCAUUGCAGAUAGCUCUAAAGCUGGUUUGUCAACUGUUUAUAAAUGGAAUAGCAAAGGAUUCUACUCUUACCAAUCUCUGCAUGAGUGGUUCAGGGACACAGAUGCUGAGUUUGUUGAUAUAGAUGGAAAAUCCCAUUUAAUCCUCUCCAGUCGCUCACAAGUCCCCAUCAUACUGCAAUGGAAUAAAAGUUCUAAGAAGUUUGUCCCACAUGGCGACAUUCCCAAUAUGGAGGAUGUAUUGGCCGUGAAGAGCUUUAGAAUGCAGAACAGCCUAUACAUUUCCCUUACCCGGUUUAUUGGGGACUCCAGAGUCAUGAAAUGGAAUAGUAAGCAGUUUGUGGAGAUCCAGGCUCUCCCAUCCCGGGGGGCCAUGACCCUGCAGCCCUUUUCCUUUAAGGAUAAUCACUACCUAGCCUUGGGAAGUGACUACACCUUCUCCCAGAUUUACCAGUGGGAUAAGGAGAAGCAGAUCUUCAGAAAGUUUAAAGAGAUCUAUGUGCAGGCACCUCGUUCGUUCACAGCUGUAUCCACAGACAGACGAGAUUUUUUUUUCGCCUCCAGCUUCAAAGGAAAAACACAAAUAUUUGAACAUAUAAUAGUGGACUUGAGCUUGUGAAGACAUGAGGAGUGAGUAACACACAGUGGCACUGGCUCUUAAGAGAGGAAAAGAACAGAGCUACAGCUUUGACUGGGGAAAUUGUUAGAUGUUUUCAGAACUUUUAGAACUCUCAUUUUAAUCAGGGAUUGCAUUUUCUUGGCUAACUGCAUGACAUGUCCACUCUCUCAUUUUAAAAGACAUUUUAAAGCCUAUAAUUAUUGAGAAAAGCUUGCAGCUUAUCAGCAUUAACCAUCAAAAAGGAAAUGUGAUUUUUUUAAAUGAAUAAAGGAGGAGAAAAUUGGAUCAUAUGGGACAGCUCUGAUAACUAAAUGAAAAAUUUGGGAACUAUCCAUUCCACCUUAGUGAUUGUUUCAGAAAGAAUGCUUAAAGCAAAAGUCAGCUAAAAACAUUUACUGAUGAUUAGUAUAAAAUCUUAUAAUGUCAAUGCUCAGCAAAACUAUUUUGGUCCAUCUUGGUUUCCUGAAAUUGAUGUACAGCCAUUUUUUGCCCUCCUUUGAAUAAAAUGAAGGAUAUUAUUUUAAUUCACAUUGAUGUGACAUACCAUAGUAUUUGAAAAAAUUUUGGCCACUGCUUGAUGGAAAAAAAUGACCAACAUCUUUGAGGGCUGGAUGUGUGCCUUAGCAGGAGCACUGAGGAUCUCUCAACCUUUCAUUGGAGCUUGAAAAUUGGCUUAAAAAGAGACCAGAAGUGUGUAGUGGUCAUUUGUAAGAGCUGAAGUUGUUGAAUUCAGUGUGAUUCCUAGUAUCUGCUUAUUCAAAAAUCAUUCCUUGAGUUUGUUGGGUAACCCAACUGUCAGGCCAAAGAUUGAAUGAUGCCAUAUAUCUGGCCCUCAGAGAGAUGAAUCCUGGGGGGCAGGCACCUCCGUCCACUGCUGUUGAUCGUUCUGUAGAUUUUUCCAAAAAGAUUUUUCCUUAGAGAAUCAUGUUACAUUGUAGGGAAUCCUUCAUGACAGACAGCUUGCUUAGAAAACCACAGGUAGUCCUUUGGUUUUUGCAUGCUCCUCUCUCCCCCUACCAGAUGAUGUACCCAUAUAAUAUAUGUAUGCGUACCCACAUGUAUCUACCACUUAUCUAUAGUUCUGCUUGGAGUUUGGUGAUGCUAUUAGCAACACAGUGAACUGCUAAUUCAUCUUUUCUGCUUCUCUUAUCCCGCCCCUCACUGGCCCCUGACAUAAGGUGCUGCAGGUGCCCAGACCUCCUCGAUGAGCAGAGCUCUUUCCUGGCUUAGUAACAGCAAUGCUUAACAACCUCAACCACAACAACAAACUUCUGGGGCCAGAGAGUGCCCACAGGCUCAUCCACCUCCACUUCAGUGAGGGGAGAAGGGAGCACAGGACCCUUUAGGCUUAUCACAAGGGACUGAAUAUUGAGCCAGAUGAGCUGAGUCACAGAGACCAGUUCCAAGAUUCAUAGGACCAAGUUGUUCCUGAUCCAAAUAAGCCUUUUUUGACUCAUAAUGAAGUUUUUCCUUCUGGCCCCAGUUUUGUGGAGGAUUCUCACUGGAUGCUCUGCUUGGUUAAUAGUGUUUAUGACUCUAGUUUUCUUUGAAAUAUAUCAGGCAAGAUUUUUUAAGACUGCCCAUAUAAAAGGAAACCAACCACCUCUGUUCCAGCAGUGAAGUUAGCACAAUAUUAUUGCACUGAUUUUUUUAAAGUCCAUUUGCCAAGUCAUGGGUAGGUAACAGCUUAGCUACAAAUAUAAAUGUUUACCACCUAUGAACAGCGUGAUCUGUAGGCAGCAGCCCUUAGCAAGGUGAUACCAUGAUGUUCUAGCAGCACCCUUGGGUGCACUACGAGACUGCAGGCAAAGAGUUUCUAGCCCAGAAGAUGAGUGGAUCUAAUGAACCAGCCCACACAUAACCAGAAAUGUUACCACUUUGACAUUUCUUUUCAGUCGAGCACUAAAUUAAUGCACAAGAAGCCCACUUUCUUUUUUUCCUUCCCUCUCAAUAUAUUUCAGAUUUCUUUGUCCUGCUCAAGUUUUAUCUUCUGUGAUUUAUUUGAACUGAUGACACAAGCUGUAGAGGCUUCCAUGACUCUCCUGGGAGGUGGGAGCACCUGGGCCACUUUUCUGCUCUCUCAUUAGCUAUAAAGAUGGCCAAUGAACACUUCUGCUCUCUGGGCACCACUCAGUCCAGCUUAUGUAGCAAACUGGGCAAGUAGCAUAGGAAAGGUUUGGGUUUUUUAAAAAACUCGGUGCCCCAGCCCAGUUCACUCUAGCAUUCUGUACCCCAAGUGCUAGUGAUGGGGCUCACUUGAAGAGGCAUCAUCUCAUGGUACUGCCUCAAUUAAUUGGUUUCCCAGUCCCUUUUCUGACAGCAGAAAAUAGUGGCGCACAAUGUGGAUCACCAGGAAGCACAGAAGUAUUCAUUUUAUGAGAACAGAUGGGCAUUAAUGAGUAGGGAAAAACAAUUAUAAGUUACCUGGGUGGCAUAGUGGAUAGAAUGUUGGACUUGUAGUCAAGAAAAGGCUCAAAAUCCUGCCUGAUCUACUUCCUAGCUGCAUGACCUUGAGCAAGUCAUUUGAGCUUUCUCAGCCUCAGUUUUCUCAUCUGUAAAAUGGGACUAACAAGAACACCUACCUCACAGGGGUGCUAUGAGGGUCAAAUGAAUUAACAUAUAAAGUGCUUUGCAAACCUGAAAGUGUUCUACAAAUGCUAACUAUGAUCAUCAUUAUUUUAAAAGUAUGUGAUAGGAAAUGCAAAAAGCAAAUUCUUCUUUAGUUCCAGUUCAUUUCUUUGGGUUUGGGUCAGGGGAGAGAGAGAGACAGACAGACAGAGAGACAAAGUCAUUUCUGUUUUUGUUUUUAAGAGAGCAUGAGGCAGUACAGACUCCUGACAUACUGAGCCCCUUGUGGGAAAUCAUUUGACUAGUCAUUUUCUUUAAAGAAGCAGGAAAAAUUCGAGCAGCAAUUGAAUAAGGCUCUUGAUGCAAGAGACUCUUCUCCAUUAGCAACUUAGAGAACACCAAGAGACCAGAGAAUAUUUGAGAUCACAUUCAAUUGGAGGUCAGCAUUAUUAGUGGCUGUUCAUCUAUCCUGGCCAAGAUGUCUGAUCUCUAUCUUUGUUCCCUUCCAAUCUUUCAGUUUUCCCUUGGUCCUGGCUUCUAGUUCUAUAUCCUCUGUGCAGCUGGGUGGGCCAGGUUACCUACCUGAAAGCCUGGAGGGGUUUUAAAAUCUCACCUUUGGGGGUUAGAUGUCAGGCAAAAGCAUUAAUGAGUUCUUUGACAUCAUUGCUCUUUCUGGCUGCAAAUAAUAACGUCUUUCCAACAACACCUUCCACUCUUUCAGAGCUCAUUUAUUGCCUUUAUUUCAUUUGAAAUUCAUCACAAUUUUUUUUUCAGUUUAGAUAGGAGCAGGUAUUGUUGUCUAUUUUGCAGGUGAAGAAACAAAGAAUGAGGAUGGCUUAGAAUCAUAAAUUCAUAGGAUGAUAGAUUUAGAGUUAGAAGGGGCCUUAGAAAGUACAGGCACCUUAAUUUACAGAGGAGGAGACUGAAGAACAGAGAAGUUAAGUAGCUUUUCCAGGGUCACAGAGCCACUAAGUGUCUGAGCCUUUUGACCCCCAAGUCCCAAGUGUAAUCUCAGGCAAAUUACUUCCCCACUUGAGGCCUCAAUUUUUCUCAUCUGUCAAAUGAGGGAUGGGACUAGAUGAUCUUGCCAUCUCUCCUAUGCCCUUGGAGAUCAUCUAGUUCAACCCAUUCAUUUCUAAGAGGAGGAACAAGGGACUAGAAGGAUAAGAGACUUGCUCCCCCCCACACACAAAGCUAUUUAGUGACAAACUGGACCUAGAACCCUAAAUUCUUUCCAAUACCUACUCAUUCCUCUGUCCUAGACUUUUUGUUUGUUUGCUUGUUUGUUUUCUCCUCUCCUGGAGUGAAUGGCAUCUUUGAGAACGACUCCAAAAAAACACUAGUUCAGGAGGGAAAUGUCAAGCAUCAUUCAGUGACAAAGUUUCUGAGAAGUUCCUUCCACUUUCUAAAGAGCAUUUCUGCUUCAUCCAGUCCUUUCUUCUUUUUGAAAGAGGCAAGGAGAGAAAGCACUGAGUGCCAAGGCUGGUGGGGCAUUCAAGGCAGUCAGAUGGGAAGGGCUUUCUGGGGAAAAAAAAUGGAAAAAAACUCAGGAUGCAGGAGAAUGGCUCCUGUGCUGUCGUCACUCUUUGGGAAUAGGGCAGGAGCAGAGACACCGUGGUGCUCUUCUCCUGCAUAGUGAGAGACUGUUUAUUUUUAGGAAAGAAAUCAGCGUGGGAUGUUAGAGGUUUGGCUGCUAGGAGCAGUCACGAUGGAAAUUUCUUCCACUGUGGGUAUCACGAAAGAGAAAUGAAGGUCUGUAGGAGGGGAGUUUAUUUACAUACCCACUAAAGAAAAUCAUGUUAGCAAGGGAAAUUGACUCUUGUGUUAUGAAAUCAGCCCCCCACUUCCCCUCCACACACACACACACACUGGCAGCUUCUAGGGAAGAUUCCUCCAUUAAAGAUGUCUGACUGGAGAUUUCAGCCAAAACAGUACAAAGGAAAGAUGGAGGUGUUCAUGGAAGGAGCCCAAUGGUCCAGAGUGUGGGAGGAUGUAAAAGAAGAAGGGAUCCAAGAGGAACUCUGGGCGGCUGGGAGAAAAGAGGGAGGACACAUAGCAUCAGGGAAGGAAAGGUUUCCUUUGCCUUAGGCUGUCAGAAUUGCUGAGGGGAGAGCUGGGUAAGAAGGUAGCAUCCCACUUCUUAAGAGAAGCAGCCUAAAGAAGAGAUGAAAAUGGAUAUCGGGAUCAAAGCGGGAUUCUAUUGUAAAGUUCCUAAUCCAGAUUGAAGCAUAGCUUUUUCCUUCUGUCCAGAAGAAUAACCCCAUCUGGUUUCUCUGGCUUGUUAGAGCAUAAUCUGACUUUUCUAGUAGUAAACUAUGCAUCCCCUCUCAUUGUCCUUUGACUAUCAGGAAUGUAUCUGGACUGUGACAAAAUGGGCCAAUGUGCCAUUUGGUACAGUUUUUAUGUAUUUUCUGUAUUUUAAGUGCAUAGCUUAGGUCUACUAACAGUAGUUUCUAAAUGAAAGUACAUUUUACGGUGUGCAGUCUACAAUGAUUGCAUUUUAAGGUUGUCUAUAUUUAGCUCUUUUUGGUAAAUAGAUUCAACAAGUUAUAUGCCUCUUAAGUCCAUGUACCCUUAAAAUAUGAAUAAAAAGUAGCACAUGA